AUGUUUGAGACCAUCGCCAAUGUGGAGACGUCAAAGGCAGCAUGGGACAAGCUCCAAUCGACUCAUAGAGGAGCCGAUCGUGUGAAAAAGGUAUGGUUGCAAACCUUAUGUGGUGAGUUUGAAUCUUUACAAAUGAAGGAGACGGAGGUGAUAGCGGAAUAUCAUACAAAAGUAAUGGUUGUCGUCAACCAAUUGAGACGGAAUGGUGAAGAAAUCAUCGAUGUUCGUGUCAUGGAGAAGGUUCUACGAAGCCUUAAUACAAAGUUCGAGAUUAUCGCCACGACGAUCGAGGAGACACAGGAUCUCGAGAACAUGACAAUUGAACAAUUUAUAGGCUCGUUACAAGCCUAUGAGGAGAAAAAGAAAAGGAGGAUGGAGCAAACAGAGACCAUUGAACAACUUCUCCAACUCAAAAUCAAAGAGGAGAAUAGUCGUGGACGUGUAAGAGGUCGUGGUGGUCAAGGCCAUGGUGGAAGAGGUGAAGCCAACACCGAUGUUUCUCAAAACUCGUCUGAAUCCUCAAGAGGAAGAGGAGGUCGAGGUCGUGGAAGACGUGGUGGAAAGUCUGGGAGAGAUAAAUCUCAGUAUUACUCAUCUCAAACAGAGUCGACUGAUCGAAAGCAUCAGGACCGAUCAACCGCUAGCACAUCAAAAACCCAUCAAGGGCAAUCCAAUUAUGCAGAGGAGAAUGAAAUCUUAUUUAUGGUUUCAAAGGGAGAAGAAGAGAGUCAAGAUAGUAUGUGGUAUCUUGACACAGGAGCCUCGAAUCAUAUGUGUGGAAAACGCGAGAUGUUUGUGGAGUUGAACGAGAUGGAGAAAGGUAAUAUUGUCUUUGGAGACAAUUCUUCGGCCGCCAUCAAAAGAAUAGGUAAAAUUCUCAUUUGA